GGAGAAAGCUAGAGAGCCGCCCCAAGGAAGCACCCUCUCUGUCUCUCUCUCUCUCUCUCUCUCUCUCUGAUUAUUUAAAAAAUAUAUUAUACCAACUUACCCACUUGCCCGGGGGGAUCCAGGAAACAGAGGCAGAAGAAUCAUUCUGAACGCCUUAUUUGAUCAUUUUCUUCUCUUUAUAGCUCUGUGAAACACAGCCUAUUUCUCCCGUAAUCCUUUGAGGGGAAGAAGAUCAGCCAGUCUUCUCUCGUGGUAAUCAAUAAUUAAGAUCUCCAUCAAUCUGUAUAUGAUUUCAAACGAUUACUUAGUUUCUGCAUAACCAAGAGAUUUUGGCAAUGGAUUUUUCGCCGGCGGCAUUGUUGUCCGAACUGGAAAUGGAGGAUCCGACAUUCUUCGACCAUUGUCAACUGGAGUCACUGGACGAUUCAAUGAACGAUUUCGCUUCUUUCUCGGCGGAAACGUGCACGAACUACCCGACGUCGUUCGGCCAUAAAACUCCUGCGAUUCCAAUCCAUGAGAUAGACACGAUGAAGCCAGCCAAGAUGAUGAAGACCAGCCACUGGAGCUCGGCUUGCCAGGCCGAGAAGAUGGCUCCCAAGGCUUCAAACUCAUCGUCUUCCUCCAGCCUCAUCUCUUUCGGUAACUCGCCGCCGCCGCAGCCCCUGAACGGGCCGCAGCCGCUGUUCGGCGGGCUGAGCGCCGCCUCGAAGAGCAAAGACGAGAAUAUGAUGGCUCAGAGAAAUAUGAACUUCUCAUCGUACGCAAUCUCCGCGAGCUCCAACAAGGCCGUGGACUUCGGCGAGGACGCCAAAAAGGCUGGCUCGGCGCCUAGGACUAAGUUACAGGCCAAAGAUCACGUUAUGGCCGAAAGGAAACGCCGGCAACGGCUCAGCCAGCGGAUCAUUGCUCUUUCAGCUCUCCUUCCCUGCCUUGAAAAGUUGGACCAAGCUUCUGUCCUAGGAGAUGCAAUAAAGUACAUCAAACAGCUCCAAGAAAGAGUGAAAUCGUUGGAGGAAGAGGCCGCGAAGAAGCCUGAGGAAUCGGUAAUCUCUCUGAAGAAGUCUUGGAUCUCCGGCGACGACAACAACUCAUCGUCCGACGAGCAUUCCGAUAGCAGCUCCAACCAGCCAUUCCCGGAGAUCAACGUCAGGAUUUCGGACACCAACGUGCUCCUCCGGAUUUACUGCGAGAAGCGGAAUGGGCUUGUGGUGAAAAUCCUUAGUGAAAUAGAAAAGCUUCAUCUGGUUGUCACCAACAGCAAUGUCAUGACUUUUGGGGACACCACUCUAGCCUUGAACAUUAUUGCUCAGAUGAAUAAUAACCAAUGCCCCGUCACACCUAAGCUGCUAGAGGAAACCCUAAGAUUGGCACUUCGGAGUUGACUUCAACCUGUGGAUAAAAGAUCUGUAUCUUUGUUCUUUUUUAAUUUUUCUUUUUCUUUUCCUUUUCAUGAGAGGGUACUCUUUUUUUUUUUAUAUGUUCUACUCGAGAAGCAAUUGGGAUUAGAAUAAUAUCCAACAUCGAUCGGUCCUUAUGACUAGCUAAUAUUAUUCCAUCUCUUUCAUCAA